AUGAAGAAUAUUUUUAUUGAGUCUGAAUUUGUAUCCACCUCAAAAGACUUUCCAAAUAAUAUUUUAUACAGUGAGUUAUGUGAAAAAUUAUAUAAAUUGACUGGGAUUGAAUUAGAUGAUAUGAAUAUUCAAGUUACAUAUACAAGUAAGCCUAAUCAGUUGAUAGAUUUAAAUACAUCGAGCCCAACUAUUGAUUUAUCAAACGUAGAAAAAAUUAAAGUCUUGGAUACAAAUGAGAAUUCUCUGAUAAAUCAAUUAAAAAGAUCGAAAACAAGUAAAAAUAAUUCUAAUUAUAAUAAUAAUAAUAUAUUUCAAUUGUCAGAAGAAGACUACUUGAGGAAAAAAGAUUCUGUAUUGAAUUGGAAAAAGAAUAAUAAAUUAGGCAGAUUUGACCCUGUAUAUAAUGAACAAUUAAAGCAAAAUAGAUUACGACAGCAAGAACAGGUACAAAACCUGGAACUGAAUCAAAGAUGUUUGGUCAAAUCUUCUACUGGUCCUCAUACAGAGAGAAGAGGUUGGUUAAGGUACAUUGGAAAAAUUCCAGAAAUUAAUAAUGAUGAUAUUUGGUGUGGUAUUGAAUUUGAUAAACCAUGCGGUAAGAAUGAUGGUUCAAUAAAGGGCAAACAAUAUUUUGGUCCAUUAAAACCAAACUAUGGCGGGUUUGUUAAACCUCUAUGUGUGUUGACAGACCCUAAAUAUAUUCCAACUGUUGAAGAUGGCAUAUCAGAUGAGGAAAUAUAG